CUAGAUUUACCUACUAGAAUAACCACCAUGGCUGCACCCUGCACUGAAAACAAUCACAAACAAGGCACACUGGAAUUUGCUCUGGACGUCCCGUUCCCAUCAACUCGCGAAGCGUCCAUCGCGCUCCAGUCCCUCUCCCCAGACCGCGAGCCCCGGAAAGGAGGCAUCAGCAAGGAGCUCACUGUUUCCGGUAGCACGCUGUCUGUGAGGUGGAGGGCAGAUGAGGCCCGUAUCCUGCGUGUCUCUGUAGGGUCAUUUAUGGACCACCUCUCCCUGGUGAUGGAAACCAUGGAGUUGUUCGGACCACCUGUCCCUCAGUGACCACUCACACACUCAGCAGUCUCUGUUCUACAAUGACCUGCAGAGAACCAAGAGGAGCAGUGUUAUGCUGAACAGAGGGGUCUCUCUGGCCGACAGACCCAGCAGAAGCAUGCUGUGCACCUCGGUACAGAGCGACAUGUCCCACUUUCAAUCCUCUGCUAUUCAAAUUGAAGGAACUGGAUUGUCUUACACCAAUGCAAUAUUUCUGUAGUUGUUGCAUUAGAAUGUGAUUUAGAGCAGUGGGCCUGCAGGUCUAAGAC